AUGAUUUCUUCAACUAGACUUUUAAAGAGAGCUUCUAACUACUUAAAGCAAGCUGCCCGUUAUUCAAUGUCCACAGUUUAAAAGGGCAAAAAGACUUCCUUCAAGGCACCUCUCUAUCAAAUCAAUUUCUAAUCCUAAUCUUUGUCAUAGAAUAUUACCUACAACUUCUCAAGUUAUCCUAAGCAUAGACUUGUCGCUUUACCUGCUCUCUCUCCUACCAUGACUGAAGGUAAAAUUGCAGCCUGGCACAUCAAGGUUGGCUAAAAGAUCUAAGAAGGUGAUAAUAUCUUCGAUGUCUAAACUGAUAAAGACUCUGUACCAAAUGUUUACCAAGAAGAAACUGGUUUUGUUGCCAAGAUAUUGGUCAACGAAGGUGAAUUGAUUCCUGCUAACACUCCAGUCGUUGUUGUUUGUAAGUCUGAAGCUGAUAUUCCUGCCUUUGCUAACUUCACUGUAGGUGGAGCCCAAAAGGCUUAGGAAGCCCCUAAGUAAGAAUAGCCCAAGCCUGCUGCCUAGACAGCUGCUAAGCCUGCUCCUGCUGCCUCUUCUGGUGCUUCAUUCCCUAAGCAUAAUGUCGUCCUUCUUCCCGCCUUAUCUCCUACCAUGACUGAAGGUAAAAUAGCUUCCUUCCAUGUAAAAGUUGGAGAUAAAGUCACUGAAGGUGACAACAUUUUCGAUGUUUAAACUGAUAAAGACUCAGUCCCAAAUAUUUACUAAGAAGCAUCAGGAUUUGUUGCUAAAAUUUUAGUUAAGGAAGGUGAAACAAUCCCUGCCAACCAUCCUGUUUUAGUUGUUGUCGCCAAAAAAGACGAUCUUGCUAAGUUUGAAUAAUUCACAUUAAAUGAUGCUUUGAAAAAGGGUUCUGCUUCUUCUGCCCCCUAAGAAGCUGCUCAACCUGCUCAAACUUCUUCUGCUUAAACUGCCACAUAAACUACCGUUGCUUCUGGAUCUUCUGGAAGAGUUGCUGCUAGUCCUUAUGCUAAAACUGUUGCUUAAGAAAAGGGAGUUGAUCUUUCAACUGUUUAAGGUUCUGGUCCUAAUGGCCGUAUUAUUGCCAAGGACGUAUAAAAUGCUACAACUAAAGCUGCUCAAUAAACUGUUGCUGCUUAAUAACCUGCUGCUGAAACCAAAUAGGAAGCUCCUAAACCUGCUCCUUAAUAACCUAAGGUAGAAGUUGUUGUUUAAGGAGGUGUUGAAUAUCAAAAGAUUCCAAUUACUCCUAUGAGAAAAACAAUUGCUGAACGUUUGGUCUAAUCUAAGACAACUGUUCCUCACUUCUAUUUAAAUAUUGAUGUUUAAAUGGACGAAGUUCUUCAUUUACGUAAAACUUUAAAUGAACAAUCUACUUCUAAGAUCUCAGUCAAUGACUUAAUUGUUAAGGCUAGUGCUUUAGCUCUUAGAGAUAUGCCAGGAGUCAAUUCCCAAUGGCACGGUGAUCACAUUCGUCAAUUCAAGCAUGCUGAUGUUGCUGUUGCAGUAUCAACUAAGACUGGUUUGAUUACUCCUAUUGUUUUUAAUGCUGAAACUUUGGGACUUUCUUAAAUCUCUUCUAAGACUAAAGAGUUAGCUGAAAAGGCUAGAAAGGGAGGACUUCUUCCUACUGAAUAUUAAGGUGGUACUUUCACUAUCUCUAACUUGGGUAUGUAUGGUAUUGACCAUUUCGCAGCUAUUGUUAAUCCUCCUCAUGGUACUAUUUUAGCUGUUGGUGCUACUUCAUAAAAGGUUGUCCCUGACAAUGAUCCUCAUGCUAAAUAUCCUUUCAAGACUAUUUAAUCAAUGACUGUAACUUUAAGUUGCGAUCAUAGAGUAGUCGAUGGUGCUCUUGGUGCCGAAUGGUUACAAAAAUUCAAAGGUUACCUCGAAAAGCCUUACACUAUGCUUCUUUGA